UGUAAUCAGGCGUCAUCAACAAUAAUUCCAAAUAUGGUUAACUGUGCUGUGUUGGGAUGCAACAACGAGUCAAGGCGGAAAGCUGACUGUGGUGAAAACACGACGAAAGUCAGUUUUUUUUUUCUGUUCCGACUUGUUCGUCGGCAGUGCAACCAGACCCUCGAGGUCUCAACGAAACGUGGCGACAUUAAUACCAACGCUACUCACUACAAGGUCUGCAGCGAGCACUUCGUUUCUGGAAGGCCAUCCUACCUGAUGGAUGUUACAAACCCAGACUGGGCACCCAUCUUACACUUGGGGUAUGACAGAAACUCAACUGCUAAAUCUGACGCAAGGCACCAGCGUCGUUGCAAGAGGGCUGCAACCUCAAAGGAGAUCCAAGAGGGCAAUAGCAGAGUUCUCCAGCCUUCAAAUGUGUUGAACGUGCAGCACAGCGCUGUGUGCAGAACUGUCACGGGCACACCACUUGCACGCCCUGUUACAGCACAUAACAAGGAAGCUGAUGAGCCACAUGCACCUCAUUGCGCAUUCAACAGCGGUUCAGGUCAGUGCCCUAGAUAA